AUGGAAGGGGGACGGCGGCGGCUUUUCGUGUCCAAACUUACAUCUGGUACAGGGCAAAAGAACAAUAUUACAAUUACUAAUGACAAGGGAAGACCUUCAAAGGAUAAGAUUGAGAAGAUGGUUCAGGAAGCUGGGAAGUAUGAGUCUAGAGAUGAUGAGCCCAAGAAGAAGUUGGAGGUGAAGAAUGCUUUAGUGAAUUAUACGUAUAACAUGAGGAACACAGCGAAAGAUGAGAAGCUUGGUGAGAAUUUGACUCCGGUUGAUAAGAAGAUUGAGGAUGCGAUUGAUGAGGUGAUUGUGUGGUUAUAUACAAAUCAGUUGGCUGAGGGGGAUGAGUUUAAGGAUAAGAUGAAGGAGCUUUUUCCCAUUUUGAAACUUUUAGGUUAG